AUGCCCACUGCCACCAGCCUGCAGCACCACGGCCCCAGGCAGGUGGACGAGGACCGGCUGGAAGUCGGGCACCUGGACUCUGCCCAGGGCCCCUCCCCUGUGGCAAACACCCGGGAAGCCUGCCAGCACCGCCCCUCCUUACCCAGCAGGCGGCACCGAGUGAGGGAGGCAGCCUGCCGCUGUCUGUCCCAGCCAGCUGUGCCGUGGGCUCCCUGCCGCCCUGUGAAACAGUCCCCCUCCUCCGGCGCAGGCAAGGCCUACGAGAUCACCUACGUGCGGCUCAAGUUCCACACCAGCCGGCCUGAGAGCUUCGCCAUCUACAAGCGCAGCCGCGCCGGCGCCCCCUGGGAGCCCUACCAGUACUACAGCGCCUCGUGCCUCAGGACCUACGGCCAGCCCGAGGGCCACUACCUGCGCCCCGGCCAGGACGAGCGCGUGGCCUUCUGCACCUCCGAGUUCAGCGACAUCUCCCCGCUGAGUGGCGGCAACGUGGCCUUCUCCACCCUGGAGGGCCGGCCCAGUGCCUACAACUUCGAGGAUAGCCUGGCUCUGCAGGAGUGGGUCACCAGCACCGAGCUCCUCAUCUCUCUAGACCGGCUCAACACCUUUGGGGACGACAUCUUCAAGGACCCCAAGGUGCUACAGUCCUACUACUACGCCGUGUCUGACUUCUCCGUGGGCGGCAGGCUCCCUGAGCCUCCAGUGUGAUACUGAGGGCUCCUGCACCUGCAGACCCACCGUGACCGGCUGGAAGUGCGACCGCUGCCUGCCUGGGUUCCACUCGCUCAGCGAGGGAGGCUGCAGACCCUGCACCUGCGAUGCAGCUGGCAGCCUGGGCACCUGUGACCCUCGCAGUGGGCGUUGCCCCUGCAAAGAGAAUGUGGAAGGCAGCCUGUGUGACAGAUGCCGCCCCGGCACGUUUAACCUGCAGCCCCACAACCCUGCCGGCUGCAGCAGCUGCUUCUGCUUCGGCCACUCCAAGGUGUGUGCGGCCAGCGCCGGGUUCCAGGUGCACCACAUCCUGUCCGACUUCCGCCAGGGAGCCGAGGGCUGGCGGAGCAGGCGCGUGGGAGGCCCAGAGCGCCCUCCGCGAUGGAGCCCGCAGGGCGUCCUGCUGAGCCUAGAAGAGGAGGAGCUCAUGGCACCAGGGCAAUUCCUGGGAGACCAGCGGCUCAGCUACGGGCAGCCCCUCACACUGACCUUGCACGUGUCCCCCGGGGGCGCCCCCCCACCCGUCGUGCAGCUGAGGCUUGAAGGGGCGGGCCUGGCCUUGUCUCUGAGGCCCUCCCUGGACGCUGGGCAGCCUGGGGAGGCACAGAUCAGGUUCCUGUUACAGGAGACUUCCGAGGACGCGCACCCUCCGCUGCCCGCCUUCCACUUCCAGCGGCUCUUGGCCAACCUGACCGCUCUGCGCAUCCAGGCCAAUGUCACAGCUCCACACCCCCGGCUCUCUGGCCAGGUGCUCCUGGCUGAGGUCCGGCUCACAUCAGCCCAGCCCCAGCGCGGGCCCUUCCCUGCAGCCUCCUGGGUGGAGACUUGCACGUGUCCUCAGGGGUACACAGGCCAGUUCUGUGAAUCCUGUGCCCCAGGCUACAAGAGGGAGACUCCACGAGGUGGUCCCUACGCCAGCUGUGUCCCCUGCACCUGUAACCAGCACGGCCCCUGUGACCCCGACACAGGGAUCUGCCUGUGUGGCCACCACACCGAGGGCCCGUCCUGUGAGCGCUGCUUGCCGGGUUUCUAUGGCAACCCUUUCCGGGGCCAAGCCGACGACUGCCAGCCCUGUCCGUGCCCUGGCCAGUCGGCGUGCACGACCGUCCCAGAGAGCGGGGAGGUGGUGUGUACCCACUGCCCCCCAGGCCAGAGAGGGCGGCGCUGUGAGAUCUGUGCCGAUGGCUUUUAUGGGGACCCGCUGGGGCGCUCUGGCCGCGCCCAGGCCUGCCGCCGGUGCCAGUGCAGCGGCAACGUGGACCCCAACGCCGUAGGAAACUGUGACCCGCUGUCAGGUCGCUGCCUGCGCUGCCUGCACAACACGACGGGCGACCACUGUGAGCGCUGCCAGGAGGGCUUCUACGGGAGCGCCCUGGCCCCCCGGCCCGCGGACAGAUGCACGCCCUGCAGCUGCAACCCAGGGGGCUCAGUCAGCACGCGGACGCCCUGCGACCCCGUGACCGGCCAGUGCCCCUGCCUGCCUCACGUGUCUGGACGAGACUGCAGCCGCUGCCUCCCCGGCUUCUACGGCCUCCAGCCCGGGAGCGGCUGCCAGAGCUGCAAAUGCCACCCGCUGGGCUCCCAGGAAGACCAGUGCCAUCCAGAGACUGGGCAGUGCCCCUGCCGCCCGGGCGUCACAGGCCUGGCCUGCGACAGAUGCCAACUGGGUUUCUUCGGCUUCUCCAUCAAGGGCUGCCGUGCCUGCAGGUGCUCGCCGCUGGGUGCCGUCUCGGCCCAGUGCCACGAGAACAGCACGUGCACUUGCAGACCUGGCUUCGUGGGCUACAAGUGUGACCGCUGUCGCGACAACUUCUUCCUCACGGCUGACGGCACCCAGUGCCAGGAGUGCCCAUCCUGCUACGGCCUGGUGCAGGACGAGGCGGCCACGCUGAAGGCCAGGCUGACCUUGAUGGAGGGGUGGCUGCAGGAGUCUGACUGCGGCAGUCCCUGGGGGCCGCUGGACAUUCUGCAGGGAGAGUCGCCACGAGGGGACGUCUACCAGAGGGGCCCCUUGCUGCAAGGGGCCCAGGAGGCCUUCCUGGAGCAGAUGGUUGGCCUCAAGGGAGCUGUGAAGGCCGCCCAGGCGCGGCUGCGGGUGCUGAGCGGAAGCGCGCGCUGUGGCCAGGAUGGAGCCCGGAAGCCCUGCGUCCAGCUGGCCGACCUGGAGGCGGUCCUGGGAUCCUCGCACGAGGAGAUUGCCCACGCGGCCUCCGUUCUCACAUCUCUGGUGAUUCCCCAGGAGGGGCCCAGCCAGCCCACCAACUGGAGCCUUCUGGCCACAGAGGCCCGAGCCCUCGCCCGGAGCCACAGAGACACUGCCUCCAAGAUCAAAGCUGCUGCUCGGAGGGCCCUCCUGGCCUCCAACGCCAGUUACGUGCUUCUCUCGAGUCUGGUGGACAGGAGGUUGGCCCUGGAGACCCAGCGGGAGCUGGAGGACAGGUACCAGGAGGCCCAGGAGGCCCCGAAAGCGUUGGGCACAGCUGUGGCAGAAGCAUUGCCCGAAGCUAGGAGGGUGCUGGCCGCCGUGCAGCAAGUUGGCGCAGAUGUAGCCCCGCGUCUGGCCUCACUGGCUGCCCCUGGAUCACGGCCUCAGAAAUCCCAGGCCAGGGACCUGAGCCGGAAAGCGGGGUCGCUGGAGAAGACGGUUGCAUCGAGAGAACGCAUGGCCACCAAGGCCACCCGAGCCCUCCGGGCCACUGCCCUAGCCACGCUGCAGAAGACGGAGCCCCUCGUGCAGCUGCGCCAGGAGGCCACAGCCGCCCUGACCCGGGCUUCCUCAUCUGUCCAGGCUGCCACAGUGACUGUCAUGGGAGCCAGGACCCUGCUGGCCGACCUAGAAGGGACACGGCCACGCUUCCCUCGGCCCCAGGACCAGGCUGCACUGCAGAGGAAGGCAGGCAUGGUCAGGGCCAGGCUCCUUGCCGACGUGACAAAGAAGACCAAGCAGGUGGAGAGGGUGCUGGGGAACGCGGCGUCUGUCUCCUCUACCUCCAAGAAGAAGGGCCGAGAAGCCGAGCUGUUGGCCAAAGAAAACGCCAAGCUCGCCAAGGCCUUGCUGCGGGAAGGGAAACAGGGCCAGCGCCAUGCCAGCCGGCUCGCCAGCCAGACGCAGGCCACGCUCCGACAGGCGACCCAGCAGGUGCUGACCUCGGCAGCACGCAGACGGGAGCUGCAGGAAGCUGAGCAGGCAGGUGCCGGGCUGAGCGAGAUGGAGCGGCACAUCCGGGAGUCACGCCUCUCGCUGGAGGAGGACAUCAGGGCCCUGUCAGAGCUCCUUGCUGGCCUGGGGUCGCUGGACACCCAUAGCACCCCAGCCCAGGCCCUGAACGAGACCCAGCAGGCCCUGGAACGCCUGAGGCUGCAGCUGGGCGCGCCGGGGGCACUACAGAGGAAACUUCGGCUGUUGCAAGAGGAGUCGGAGCAGCAGGCACUGGAGAUCCGGGGCUUCGAGAAGGACCUGGCCGAGGCCCGCGCUGACAAGCAGAACUUGGAGGCCAUCCUGCUCAGCCUGCCCGAGAGCUGCGCCAGCCUGCAGUGAGACCAGGCCCCGGCACACUUCCCCCGGUGUGCACCGCCCGGGAUGUGCACACCGCCUCCCCACAGGCGUGGAACCUGCGUGUGAUGCUCACGCUCCCUUCCCAGAAUGCCGAGCCUCCCUGCCUGCUAGCAGGAGUGAGAGCGUGCACAGCUCUCAGUGCACCCCCACCCCAGGGCCCUAACAUACACGUUCCCGCUCACAGCCACAUGUGAGCGCAUGUCUGUAGGACGCACACAUAUGUUCCAGUCGCUCCGUGCAUGCACGCAUGUGACCGUCCCCCGAGGGGUUCAGAGCCAGCCACGCACUAGGCCCCCUGGAUGCUUGGGAGGGCUCUACUAAAUUCCUGCAGUGCACACCCGGAGAGCAGGCCCCCAGAGCAGGGCGGGCACCUGGGGAAGCUGAUGGGGCCGGCCUCACAGCGCUGAGGAGGGCUCAGCAGCAGCUGGAGCCGCUAGUCCCAUGGCAGGCCUCUGUCCUGCCACAGCCCCUCCCCCGUCGGCAGCAGCUCACACAGCAGCGGGACCCGGGAAGACAAGACAGGCAGGUCCUAGGAGGGCUGGAGGCCCAGGGGUCCCACCCCUCCCUGCAGGGCUGUUAUUGUCUUGGAAGGCCCCAGCAGAGCCACUGAAGAAGUCACCUGCACUGCGCCCUGUCCUUUCAGCCUGUGACCCGCCCGAAGAGCCAGGCCCCAGGGGACUCACAGGCCUCCAGGAGCACGUGUGUGCCCCACUGACCCCGCUGACCCUUGAUUGACACUUGCUGAACCAGCCCUGCAGCCCCACCUGUCACGAGGGAGGCCACGGCGGUGUUGGAAGGGCGGCUGUCCUGCACGGGAAUCCUCCUGCGGCCAGGCCCCCGCCCAGGCGUCCCAGGCAUUUCCUCCUGGCCCGGCCCCUCCCUUUCCAGGGUCCUCUCCCAGCAGACAGCGGGGCCUUGGCACCAGGAAGGCAGGCGCCCCCGCGGGUCCAGCCCCUUCCCACGGCUCCCCCUGCCGCUGUCACGGGCUUCUGUUUAACACGGAAAUAAAGGCCCUUCACCAAG